CACACAUAUUUAUAUUUAUAUCUACGUAAAGAUAUUUCUACAUCUAUAUUCUUAUACUUUCAUAUAUUUCAUACAAUAAUUAAUAUCAUUACCACAUACUAAUUAAAAGGAACAUUAUAAUUUAUAUUGAGACAGUUGAAGAUUGUUACCAUGCCUGGACAAAUACUAUUCAUCUUGUUCUUCCUCCUGUCGGUAUCUUCCUAUUUUCCUCUUAAGGUGAAAGCAAACAAAUACUCAAAGAUUCCGAACUGGUUGAAGUCCAGCAGUCGACUUUGUCGGAAAUGUCAACCUGGUUCCUAUAUGAUUCGAAAAUGCGAUGUAAACCAUGGAACUCUCUGUGCUCCGUGUCCAGCUCGGACAUUUACAGACCGCAGCAACAAAAUGCACCACUGCACUCCAUGUGGAACCUGCAAUUCCAAUCAAAUGGUUGUAAGUCUUUGUACAAAACGCAAAGACAUCGUAUGCAAGCGAGUCUACUCAGCCAAGAAAUUCCAUCUUCACAAUUUGCGAGGUUUCCAAGGAGAUCAACCAGUCGGUCAGCAAAAAAUUAUGGAACCAGGAUCUGGAAGCAUGUUAAUGUCGGAUUCUAACCUUUUCGAUAGAACUUUCCAGAAAGCUCCCGGUAGAGAUGCUAAAUUUGAAUUGGGGUCUCUACAUAGUAUUGAAAAAAUCCCUGAAACCUCAGGUGACGACCAAAUCAAACCGUCUCUGUUCAUGAAUGAUCUCGAUUUCGAUAAAGCUCUCGACAAUGACACAGCUUACCCUUCAUCGCUGGAUCCUAAUUACAACGGAAAAAAUCCUAACCCAGAGCAAGUGCCAGUGCAUGCUAUACCCAGCAAAUUUGCCCAAGAAGAAGACUUGAUUCCUAUAACCAUUUCUACUAAAGACCGAAAUGGGGUGUCAUUUUCUUCUCAGAAAUCUGGAUUUACAACAAAAGCACCGUCUGAGAGACAAAAGAGAAAGGGAAAGAAAGAAAAGAAAGAAAAGAGAAAGAAGAAGAGAAUACCAGAAGAAAGCAGUUCAUUCGGCCGAACGAAGUCUAUUAAAGAAGCUAAGAUGUUCAGAUCAUUGGAAGGGGAUAUUUUAUCGACUGUGUAUAAAGCUCCGGAGAAGGAAGGUGACAUCAAAACGAAAAUCGAAAGCGCCGCAUUGACACCAGAUCCGGAAUCGGUGACAACUUCCUCGCCAGAUAUGGACAACGCAAACGUGACUCUUAAACCCGAUACUGAUCUUCCAAAUGGUACCCAAGUUCCCGAUAUGGAACCAGCAGAGACUGAACCAGAAAUGAAGAUUACCACGCCCAAAGAAACAAAAAGUGAAGAUAAAGAAUAUAAAGUGCAACUAAAUUCAGGAAAGGAAGAACCGUCAGUUCGGACCGAUACUGAAACUUCUACAGUGAAAGAUUCUGCUAAAGAGACCCAUACGGUUCCGGAGACAGAUAAAUCAACUACAAUACACGGCCUUCUGUUACCUGAAAAGAUUGCGACAGCAGCAAACGAUUCUACGCUGGCGUUGCAAGACACGGAACCGAAUCAUUUCAACUCAACCGGUGUGGUACUGGGCUCAGUCUUCACCAUAAUAGCCCUCAUCAUCGUCUUUUUGGUCAUCUUACACCUGUGUGGAAAGAAAAGAAACACGAAAGAUAUGCGGAUGCAGGACCACAUAAAGAUCGAGAUUAGCGAUGCCACCGAAAUGGUGCCGAUGAGCAACAACGACGCUGUGGCCAAUAAAACCAACGUCGAUGCCAAUGGACCGUGUCCAGAGAACGGCGUGCCUCCACCUUUGCUCAACAACGACUUCACGUGCGCCGUCAAUGACAACUACAGACCAGUCAGUCCCACCGACACGGAACCAACGAACGGACCGAUCGUCGAAGACGUCUACGACAUUCCGGAAAACCUUCGCAGAAAGACACAACAACAACAACAACGACGGCAGGAACAACAACAAAAAGAACUGCAGCAGCAGCAGCAGCAGCCGGCAUCGAACGAAAAUAUCGAUGACGGUGAGACAAAGAAAUUGGUCCCUGCACCUGGUACGUAAAAUUAUGACGAAAACUGAUGCCGACCUUGGCAUUUGCGGUGGUGGUGGUGGUGGUGGUGGUGGUGGUGGCGGUGCUAAUGGUGGCGGUGUUGUUGGUAUUAGUGUUUAUAUGAUGGUGUUAGAAUUGAUGGUGGUGGUCAUAACUGGUGACUAUUUUAUUAUAUUAUUUUUGUUGGUAAUAAUAAUGUUAGUGAUGGUAAUGAUGAAAAAAGUAACUGAGAAAAAAAAUUAAAAGAUUAAAAAAUUAAAAAAUAAUGUUUCAAAAAUGAUUAAAAAAAUAUCAAAAUAUAAAUCAACACAAAAAAAAAUCAAAAGUAAACCUGCUAUUAGAAGCAUUAACAUCUUCAAGAUCGAUCAAAGACAGCAGACGAUGAAGUGAAACGGUUUCAUAUAUUUUGACUUCCCGUUUGAUGUUUAAUGGAAGUAUAUCAAUAGUGCUGGCUUUUUUGGCUAUUAAGACUUUACGCACACGCACAAAAAACAAAAACAAAGAAAAAAAAACAAGGAAUAGUGUUUAUUAGAAAUCUAUGUAUAUAUAUAUAUAGCUUUCUAAACCAUCCACAACCUUUAAAGCUGGGAUAUUUCAUCUGGAAUUUAGUGUUCGGGAAGUUAAUAUGCCAUUUAGUUGCAAAUAAAUCAAUAUAAUAAUUAGUUUGCUUUCAAUAUAUUCAACUGAUUAGUCGGGACGAUGGACGAGCGGAUCAAGGCGUUGUGCUUUUAUAAAAGUUUUCAGAGAAAUUCUGCUGUAGACAGAAAUAUAGUUUUCAUACCAUGUGAUGCGCCAUCUUGAUUUCUCUAAUACCUCUCAUAGUCUACUCCUUUGUGGUUUCAGGAGUUAUGCGGUGAAAUCGGCCGCUGUCCUUCCCACAUCUUGAAUUAAAAAUAGAGAAAUUCAGAUUUAAAAAAUGACAUUUAGUUAUUUCUAUAUCGAUAUUAUGAUGGUGAGUGUUGUAGAACUAGAGUGAAGCUCCGGGAGAGUGCUGUAGAGAUAGAAGUAAGCUCUUGGAGAGUUGUUGUAGAGAUAGAGUUAAUCCCCUGGGGAGUAAUGUAGAGCUAGAGAUUAACUCCAGGAAUGUGUUGUAGAGCUAAGCUCCUGGUGAGUCCAGUCCACGACCUCGUUUCUUUCUCCUUCAAUUCAUUUUCGCCGCUUGUUAACCCAUGCUAAACACAACUUAUGCUACAACAUUCCAUUUGCCUCUUACUUUCAAACAUAAGUCAUUUUGUACCAAGUCAAAGCAAAAUCUUUAUACCAAUUACUUAAUUUCUUCUAUCAUAGCUGCCUGCAAAGCUGCCAAGGAGACUAGGUUGUUGGAUUCGAAGUCUAUAAAAGAGAAUGGGGAAAGAUUGUUAAAAUCAAAUCUUAGCUUUCUCACUAAACAUUAAUUUUUCCAUAAUUUAUGCUGUCCUGUAUAAAACAAAAUCUUGGCAGUAUUCCACCCCCACAAAAUAACAUUAAUUUAUCACGAGAAAUAUUUCAAUAAUUGUUGUAAAAAAUAUUUUCCUGAGUCAAUUACUUCCAAAUAUAUAGAAUUUUACCCAAUCUCCAACAGACGGGGUUAUUUUUAGUCAUAAAUAUAGUUUUGUUUAUGUUCAAUUACUAAUCUACUUCAGUAGUUUAAACUUCUUCAGAUUAAAAUUUAAUUAGUUUCAUCAAUUAUAUCCCAUAAUUCACAGAGAUGUUUGAACUUCGAUUCAUAUUGGGACUGAAGGAAAGAUCCACAUGAAUGGCUCUUCCAUUGACUCGAGUCUAAAUCCAUCGAUAUCAACAUAUUGAUUGAUACAUUGCAGUACUUUAACCAAACAAAACAAUGGUGUUGGCGUUGGUGUUGGCGUUGGCGGUGGUGGCGGUGGUAGUGGUGGUAGUGGUGGUGGUGAUGGUGUUAUGUAGGUCAGAUCAUCUAUGAUUGAGGAGAUCUUUGGCACUUAAGUUGUCUGCUGAAAGUCUAGGUAUAAUCCAUUGAUCCAUAUCUGUGGAUAUACAGUAUUAUACAGAUGCGGAUCUUAUUGCACACACUGACACAUUGUGAUUGAUCGUAUGCAAUACAAUUUUAUAGACUGGGCAAUGGACGCUGUGUAGCAUAAUUGCCAACAAAAAUCUCGUUUAAUGCAACGGUGUAGUGUACCUUCUGACAGCAUUUAUUUCUUGUAAAAGGGAGAACUGUAGACAGCUAAAUACUUUUUCUUUCAAUGCCAUAGAGAAAUAUGCAUUAAUGGGACACGAAAUCCCGACUGUUUGGUCACUAAGCUAGUAACCUAUCGACUCGGUCAGUCGCAAACCUUUUCCCUCAAAUAUAAUUUAAUUUUGGAAAACGAAAUAUCAUUUAAUUAAUUUCCGCUGACAUGUUCUAAUUAACUUCAACGCAUAAAUCUUAUUGUUCACAAAUCAGUGAAUCUUUUGGCCAAAGAUCAAAUCUUGUCUUUCAACAGUUUUCUGCCUUAUUCGUUUUAUUUUUCUAACAUUCGCUUCAUUUCUCACUAAAAAUGCAUUUUGCACAAAUGUUUUUUUCCCGCUUCAAUCUCCAUUUCUCUCAUCUUCCAGC